CUCAAAACGAGAGAGGAUCAGAAGCACGCGUCAUUUCGAUCUUUUUAUUAGAAAUGCUCAAAACUACUUCGUUUGCUUAAAUCCCUAACUACGUCCGCUGGACCUCCAAGCCAAUCGACCGCAUCUCCCGUUUCAGAGCUGGACACAACGGACCGUCCGGACGCAUCAGUUCAUCACGUACGGCGGGACAAGUUACGACGGCCCUCGACCGCCAGACGGCCUCCAGGCUUCCAGUUCGGCCGGCCAGGACAACAAUCCGACACGCGCAAGUCCAGUGGAAGAAAAAGGGAAUGGAACCCAGCAUUUUGAAGGCAAGCUAGAAAGAAACCAUGCACGAUGAACAAGCUCUUACCCAACACAUUUCAUUGUCCAUUGUCGUCUCCUCAAUCUACUUGUACCAAGUCAUUCAAUGCAAUUAUAAACCGCCUCUCCCGCGAAGGUGCCUACUACCAAAUAAUACUAACUUAUGCCUCCAUGCUAAAAGCCUCUGUUCCCCCCGACACCUUUACAUAUCCUAGCCUCCUCAAAGCAUGCACUUCCCUCAACCUCUUCCAUCUCGGUCUUUCUGUCCACCAACAUGUGCUCGUCAAUGGGUUCUGUGCUGAUCCUUACAUUGCAUCAUCUUUGAUAACCUAUUAUUCUAAAUAUGGGUACACUGGGAAAGCACGCAAUGUGUUCGAUAAAAUGCGCGAGAAGAGUAUUGUUCUGUACACAGCAAUUAUCGGGUGUUAUGCUCGGAAUGGUGAUACUAACAAUGCACUCCUCUUGUAUAGCUCUAUGCAGCAGGAUAGGAUAAAGCCCAGUGCGGUUACUGUUUUGACAUUGCUGUCUGGAGUGACAGAGAGCGAUCUCGUGAGAUGUCUCCACUCUAGUAUUGUAAAAUAUGGUUUCACAUCUCACUUAGUCUUGAUGAAUUGCAUGUUAAGCCUAUACAGUAAAUGUGAAAGAGUUGACUGCGGAAGGGAAGUGUUUGAAUCCAUGCAUGAAAAGGAUGUUGUUUCCUGGAAUUCAUUGAUUUCUGGUUACAUUUUGAUGGGGAACACAAAUGAAAUACUACGUCUUAUGAGUAGGAUGUGGUUUGAGGGUCUACAUCCCGAUUCUCAAACAUAUGGGUCGUUGGUUUCUGCAAUUUCAAAAGGGGGUAGUUUUGAAAUAGGAAGAUUGGCUCAUGGUCAGAUCAUAGCCCAGGGAUUUGAAUUAGAUGUACAUCUUGAAACAUCACUUAUAGUCAUGUAUCUUAAAUGUGGACAAUUGGAAUACGCGUUUCAUAUUUUCGAGAAAGCAAACAAUAAAGAUGCAGUUUUGUGGACAUCAGUUAUUUCAGGUCUUGUUCAAAACGAACAUCCAAACAAAGCAUUGGAAGUUUUCCGUGGGAUGCUAGGUUCUAGAACUAUACCAUCUACUAACACCUUAGCCAGUGUACUUGCUUCUUGUUCACAGUUGGGUUUAUUGAAAGUGGGAACUUCAAUACAUGGUUACAUAGUGAGGCAAAGAAUAGUAAUGGACUCUCCAGCCCAAAACUCUCUCGUCACUAUGUAUUCUAGGUGCGGCUUUUUAAAGCAAAGCCUUGCGAUUUUCAACAUGAUAGAGAAAAAAGAUUUGGUGUCAUGGAAUGCCAUUGUUGCCGGGCAUGCUCAGAACGGAGAUUUGUCAACUGCUUUCCAUAUGUUCAAUGGAAUGAGAAUAACCCAUCAAAAACCUGACUCAAUAACCAUUGUUACCCUUCUUCAAGCUUGUGCCUCGACAGGAGGUUUUCAGCAGGGGAAGUGGGUCCAUAACUUUGUUAUCAGGACCUGUCUUGGACCUUGCAUCAUGAUAGACACUGCUUUGGUUGAUAUGUACUGCAAGUGUGGUGAUAUGAAUACUGCCAGGAAGUGUUUUGACAAGAUGGAGGAACAUGAUUUGGUUUCUUGGAGCACAAUCAUUGCCGGUUAUGGCAGUCACGGAGAAGGAAAGAUUGCUCUGGAGAUGUACUCGAGGCUUGUGAAAAGUGGAACGGUACCAAACAGUGUCAUCUUCUUGACUAUUUUGUAUGCAUGUAGUCACAAUGGACUUGUUGAGCAAGGGAUGAACUUGUUCGAGUCCAUGAGGAAUGAUUUUGGAAUUGAGCCAGAAGUUGAACAUUGUGCUUGCGUUGUUGAUCUCCUUUGUCGAGCCGGUAGGGUUAGAGAUGCUUAUGGUUUUUAUAAGACAUGGUUCCCAAAUCCAAUGAUUGAUGUUUUAGGUAUACUGCUUGAUUCCUGUAGAGGAAAUAAGGGUUUGGUAGAUAUGGGGGAUUGUAUUGCGACAGAGAUUUCUGUGUUGGAACUUGAUGAUGCUGGGAAAUAUGUGCAACUGGCUCGUAGCUAUGCUUCGAAUACACGGUGGGAGGGGGUUGGUAAGGUGUGGCUCCAAAUGAAGAAUCUUGGCCUGAAAAAACUGCCAGGUUGGAGUUUUAUCGACUUGCAAGGAAAUAUCACAGCGUUUUUCAUGGGCCACAGUUCUCAUCCUGAACAUGAAAACAUUGUGUCUCUUUUAAACAUAUUGAGCAGGGAGAGCAGGGAGAUGGUUAUCAUGCCUGACCUUCAAUUAUAUGGCUGAUACUUAUAACAAGAUACUGCUUCUAGAGAUGCUCCAGCCAAAAGGUCAAUUUAUGCACCAGUGAGUGGAGGAAGAAAUUCUCAGCUGGACUAGGCCUAUCUGUGUUUGAAGCCAACAGGUGGAGUCUGAAAAAUAAUUCUGACUGGCUAUCAUAAAUUAUAAAAAUAUGCCAGCAGGUGGAGUCUGAAAUGUGAAAAUAUGCCAACAUGUAGAGUCUGAUGAAAAAUAUGCAUAGCUAUUGCAGGAGGCCUUCUGGGAUGAUCUUAAAUUAUAAAAAUAUGCCAGCAGGUUGAGUCUGAUGAAAAUAUGCCAACAUGUAGUCUGAUGAAAAUAUGCCAACAUGUAGAGUCUGAUGAAAAAUAUGCAUAGCUAUUGCAGGAGGUCUUCUGGGAUGAUCUGAUGCAUUCUGCCCGUAACACGAUCCUCCAGCACUUGAAUGUGAUGCCAUCUGUGCACUAUUUUACUCUAUUUCAUCAACUCAUGUAAACCUAAGAGAAAACCUACGAUGAUCAAUUGGGCUCUAUAUAUAUACAAGAUCGACGACGAUGACGACGGAAGCACCUCCAGUAGCUGCGACAUAGGUUUAUCUUCCAGAUCGAUGACUUCCGGCUCGGCUGCUCCAUAGUUUCGGCAUUCCAGAUUGAAGACCUCUUGAACGCUUCUCUAUAUUCAUCUAAAUUAAAGGUAAGGUGCGCUGCAUCUUCAUGUUCAUGUAUAUCUGUAUAUGUCUCUUUUUUUAAAAUUUAAAAUCUUUCCAGAUUGAAGACCUCUUGAACGCUUCUCUAUAUUCAGUCUCUGUAUAUUAGAGACUGAUUUGGGAUGGGUGCAUGAGGACAUGGUGAUAGCUAGGCCCCUAAAUCUGGAAACAAUAUAUAUAUAUAUCCACUUUUAUGAAUUGAAUUCUCCAUAGUAAAGCUUUUGGAUUCGAUCGAAUUUGGGAUAGGUGCAUCAGGACAUGGUGAUAGCUAGGCCCCUAAAUCUGGCCCUGAUCGAAUUUCCUAAUCUUUGCUAAAUAUUAUCUUUAAACCAACUCGUGUGAUGUUAUUUAUUCUUGGCAUUCCAGACUGAAAAAUAUUAGUAACUUUGGGCUUCCUUUAAGUAUCAAGAUUUGGAGUUUAUUCACUUUGGCUUGUGGUAUAUAUUCUAUGUUUCCUGCUUAUGUAUCUCUGUAUAUGUCUCUCUUUUUUUAAUUUAAAAUCAUUCCACACAAACUGGAGUAAUACUACUUACAAGUUACUACUUGACAACAAAUUAUCUAAACUUGUCAAGUUGCUAAACAAAACUUCCAACUAAUUAUCUAAACUUGUCAAGUUGCUAAACAAACUGGAGUAAUACUACUUACUAGUUACUACUUGACAACUAAUUAUCUAAUCUUGUCAAGUUACUACUUGACAACUUACUAGUUAACGGUCAUAAAUAUAGUAUCAUUUGCCAAUAGUUUGGUCUUUCAUGGUAGAUGUACCUUGCUGAAAUGUAAAAAAGUUAACCAACAGACGAAAACCAGUGUUACACUUGAGAAGUAGCUGUUUUCAUCAUGUUGUCCGCAAAUAUGAAUUUUCUAGCGAAUGUCUUGUCGUCAUUCACCAGGUUGUAAAACAUCUUCUAGCAGCUUUCUUGCAUAAACCAGGUUGUAAUAUCGCGUACCCUAUGCUUUCUUUGGCCUCAAUUAAGGUCUUGACAUUCUGGAUUGUGUCUUGACUUCUCACUUGAACCAUUAUUGUUUUCUUUCUGGAUGAUAUUUUGAUACUUAACCUCAGUGGCACCGAAUUGCUAACAUAAGUUCACACAACUGGGAAACAAAAAGACACAUGUUUUACUGCACAAAUCAGAUGCAUGAAAUGGGUUGGGGUGAGCAAGUCCGUUUGAACUUUUCUGAACCAACAAAUGCCAUGGAGUCAUGGUAGUCGAUAGCGCAAUAUGGCGCGUGCGCCAUGCGCCAUGUGGCGCGAAAAACCCUCUGCGCUAUGAAAAGGGGCUGUGGCGAGGUGUAUACACAUGGCGUCGCCAUUCCUGCGCCUUCGCCAUUUGGGCGCCAUCGCCAUGGCGUUUGCGUCGUCCAGUAGUCGUCUAGGCUCGAUGUUGGCGAAGAAAUCCUCGACUUAUUCACAAGUCGAACCGCAGUGGCAGGCCCAGAACCAGAUAAAAUAGAUUUAGGCCUUAAUUAGGGCUAAUUUAAUUAAGGUUUCAGGCUUUAAAUUAAAAGCUAAGCCCAAACUAAUCUACCUUACGGACCAUUCGUUGCCCAAAGUUGCACGUAGGAAGCAAACAACUAAGACGAACUCACAUAGUCGCCCUCCCUCAGUCCCUCGCGGAAUCAGAGCAGCAGAGGAACUUGCAGACUUCCCAGUUCCCAGGUCCUUGAUCUUUCGCUUCAGUUUUUAUUUUAUUUUAAAUUGUAAUUAAUUAAGUUGUGUAUUUAUAAUUUUGUUGUUGUAACCUUGUUUUUGUGUGUGCGUUUUAACUGUGAUACUUCUAUUUUAAAAUAACCUUCUAUGAUAUACUUCACAUUUUGUUUUGAUUAGUUUUUUAAUUUUAAUUCUCAUUAAUAAACCUUGUUUUCAAUUAUUAAUUGUGAGUUUCUUUUGCAAUUUUUUUCAUUAAUUGUGAGUUUCAAUACUAAGUUAUAUACAAUAUAGAAUUAUAUAUAUAGUUAUAAAUAUAUAGCUAUAUAUAUAAAUAUAUAGUUUUAUAUAUAUACAUAUACAUAUACAUACAUAUAUAUAUAUAUAUACACACACACACACACACACACACAUAAACCCUAACAAAAAAAACACUAACAAAACCUUACUAUUUUAGCUCAUAAUACUAACAACAACCCUAACUACAAAUAAAUAAACGCAACUAACAUAAACCCUAACUACUAUUUUUGCAAGACAGAAACUUUUUUUUGAAUAUUAUGUUUUUUGGAAGUACUUUGAACUAUUUUAUCAUGUUUUGGUGGUUGGGUAAACUUGGGUUGAUGAAUUGCAGUAUCUAUUUUGAAUAUUAUGUUUUUUGUCACGUGGCGACGCCAUAUUUGCGCCAUCGCCAUGGAAAAUGGCCUGUGCGCCAUGGGUUGCGCCAUGCGCCAUGACAACUAUGCAUGCAGUAUGAUAAGGGUAAUACUGUUAUUGUAUGUCUGUCACCAAAAAGCCAUGCUCAGAAACCCAUACGAAACGAAUACAAGAAUAUAAAAGAUAUGUUGGAGUGGAGGGAUAUAGAUACCAGUUCCAUCAUACUCGGAGAAGGUUGAAGCACUUGGCCGGUUGUCCAGUGUAGUUAGUUUUCGAGUAAUCUCAGAAAGAAGAAAGGAUUUUUAAGUUCACUGGUGUUUUCACUGUUUCUCCAAUAUGUUUAAUGCAUGUAUAUUUGUUUUACUUUGUAGAUAAUGAAGUGUAAUGUUGAAAAGGAAGUGUGUUUGUGUGAAAAGCAUUGCAGGUCAAAAUAGUGUUAGCUACCAUGUCACUACAUGAUUUCAUCCGACGAUAUUCUAAUGAUGAUCCUGCUUUUCUUUGUUUUAAGACAAACCUUGAUUUCGUUCCGCAAGAUCGCAUUACUCCACCAACACAUGAACCCACCGAAAGGACUUCAAAUGAGGUUCGCGGUGCAAGUUCUUAACUUAUAAUUGCAUUACUGGAUGAAAUACAGAAAAUUUGUCACGUAAUAUGAGGCAACGUCGUUGAUAGUGUAUGACAAUUGCAUGUGUUCUAUUAUGUAUUUUCUUUGUUUAAUCUUUUUUCAAACAUGUAAUAAACUCUAAUUAAUACUUUGUACUUUAUGUUUCAUUUUUAUUUUAAAUUAAAUGCAUGUCCAUUUG